AUGGAAUUAAUAGUUUUGCUUUAUUUGUUUUUCACAGUUUCUGUAGAUUGUUCUUGGUCAGCAAAACUAUUAACAUCACCAAUUACUAUAGUUAACUGUCCUAAGGGAUGCCAAAAAGCAAAAGGAGAAGUAUAUGGAUUUUCUCCCUAUCAAGGAGAUUCGGCCAUUUGUCGAGCUGGUAUUCAUGCUGGAAUAACCAACGAUGAAGAAGGAGGACCAUUAGUUGUAAUAAAGAAGCCGGGAGAGAAUAGCUACCAGGAAUCCACAAGAAAUGGAGUUGAAUCAAAGAGCUUCGGAGCCUGGUCUGAAUCAUACAUCGUGAGCUCACUGGAUGAUUUCCAACGUAACAGACACAUGUACACAGGCUACAAUGUCAACGUCCAAGGAGCAGAGGCAGCUAACGACAAUAAUGAAAUUCCAUCUUCAACUAUUACCCAGUGUUUUUGGUCAGCAAAACUCAUAACAUCACCAAUUGCUAUAGUUAAUUGUCCCAAAGAAUGUCAAAAUGCAGAAGGAGACGUAUAUGGAACUGAUAUAUUCCAGGAGGAUUCAGCCAUUUGCCGAGCUGGUAUUCAUGCUGGAGUAGCCAACAAUGAAGAAGGAGGACAAUUUGUUGUGGUGAAGAAGCCCGGAGAGAAUAGCUAUCAGGAAUCCACAAGAAAUGGAGUUGUAUCAAAGAGUCAUGGAGCCUCGUCUGGGUCAUACAUUGUGAGGACACUUGAUGAUUUCAAGCGUAACAAACACUUGUACACAGGCUACAAUGUCAACUUCCCAGGAACAGAGAUGACAGUGGAGUACAACCAACCCAGGGUUAUUACAGAAACAACGUCUGAACUUCCAAAAGUUUCUGCAAAUUGUUUGAUGAAAGCUAAGGAUAUACCUGUUCCAGUUGCAAUAAUUGAAUGUCCUGAAGGCUGUCUAAAACAGAACGGAGAGGUUUGGGGAUCAGACAUCUAUACAGAUGAAUCUGCAGUUUGUCGAGCUGCAAUCCAUUCAGACUUCAUGGGAGAUCAAGGUGGGAGUGUAAUUCUUCAAAAGAUACAAGGACAGGAUAGCUACAAGGAGUCCACCAGAAAUGGAGUGACCACGAAAGCACAGGGCAAAUGGUCUGGAUCAUUUAUACUGAGUUUGUCAUAUGAAUCUCAAAGCACAACAUACACAGAGUACUCUUAUACAUUCCCACAAACAGGAAUGGCCGGGCAGUCAAAACCAGAAACAGUUUCAGCAGAAUGUUGGUGGACAGGGGCACAAUUACCUGGACCUUAUACAAUAAUUAUUUGUCCGGAUGGAUGUCUGACUCAGAAAUGGGAAGUAUGGGGAUCGAAAGUUUAUACUAAUAUGUCUUCUUUGUGCCGAGCUGCCAUUCAUGAUGGUGUAAUAUCCAGUAUAGGAGGCAGUGCUCUCGUACAUAAGAUGCCAGGACAUAAUAGCUAUGACGGAGCUUCAAGGAACGGUGUAACAUCAAAACCUCAGGGUCAAUGGACUGGGUCAUUUGAAUUCAGUAAAGUAUUUGAUUUUCAAAGUACGACAUCCACAGAAAUAUCUUACAAACCCCCUGAAUUAGCAAACCAAAUUGUAUUGGAGGCUCAGCCAGAAACAGUCGUAGCAACUUGUUCAUUAACCGGAAAGAAACUAACAGCACCAAUCACAAUAGUUGACUGUGCUAAUGGAUGUGUGGGUCCAAAAGUAAAUGUUUGGGGAGUAGAUAUGUACACUGAGGAUUCUGUUGCUUGUGCGGCUGCCACACAUGCAGGAGUCAUACCCAGUACUGGGGGUAAAUUUGUUCUCCUAAAGAAACCAGGACAACAGAGCUAUGAAGGGUCCACGAAAAAUGGAAUCACAAGUAGACGCUACGGGAAGUCAUCUGGGUCUUACGUGUUGAGCAAGUCAUAUGACUUUAAAACCAACAUAUUUACAGAUUCCUCGCCCAAUAUAGAAGGUCAAGGGAUAAAAUGGGAGUCCAAGCAGGCAACAGUUCAAGCGUCUUGCUCUAUGACUGGAAAUGAAAUAACUACAUCAAUCACAAUAGUUCAUUGCCCCAGUGGGUGCAUGAAGCAAAAUGCAAAUGUUUGGGGAAUUGACAUCUACACGAGAGAUUCUGCUAUUUGCCAAGCUGCUAUUCAUGCCGGAAAAAUUGAUAAUGGUGGAGGAUCUGUGAUCAUGAAGAAGACAACAGGAUCUGACAGUUACAGUGGAUCUUCAAGGAAUGGCGUAACGUCCAAACAGAUGGGCAGCUGGCAGGAGUCAUUUGAAUUCAUCUCAUCAUUGGAUAUUCAAAGCACCACAUACACAGAAACAUCUUACAAUCUUCCUCCAACAGAAACUAAAUGGGAAUUUAACAUGCCAGCAGAAACUAAAUGGGAAUAUAAUAUGCCAUCAGGGCAGCCAUCAGAAUCCAAAUCACCAACCGAAACUAAAUGGGGAUUUAAUAUGCCAUCAGAAACUAAAUGGGAAUAUAAUAUGCCAUCAGGGCAGGCAUCAGAAUCCAAAUCACCAACAGAAACUAAAUGGGGAUUCAAUAUGCCAUCAGAAACUAAAUGGGAAUAUAAUAUGCCAAAAGGGCAGGUGUCAGAAUCCAAAUCACCAACAGAAACUAAUUGGGGAUUCAAUAUGCCAUCAGAAAAUAAAUGGGAAUAUAAUAUGCCAUCAGGGCAGGCAUCAGAAUCCAAAUCCCCAACCGAAAAUGAACCAGAAGAAAAUUCACAAAAAGGCUUUUUCAGCUGGUGGGGGUGAUCUAACACGCUCGGGAAUAUAAAAGAAUAGCCUUUCCAGCAAUAAUAUAAUACUCUAAAUAAUAAAUGUGUUAGUUCUGCAGCAAGCAUUUAAAUUGUGUUUAGAAAAAA